CAGGAGGUGAGAUCCCGAACAUGUGAUCAUGUCUGUUCCCCCGGCAUCAAACUUUGCGUUAGAAUCGCAAGGUGCCAGGGUUUUACAUUAUUUAUCUUCGGAUACAUUGUGGCCUCCAGGAUUUGGGAUAUGGGAUAAGAUAUACAGCUGGUCGUAUUCAUCCAAAACUCAGCGGAGAGUAAUCCAGGGACAAUCAUCAUUACUUCCUGGACAAUGCUGGCCCUUUUCAGGUGACCAAGGGCAUUUGUUUAUCUCGCUGUCCCACCCAGUGUCCAUCACUAGCGUGACACUCGGCCACAUAACAAAGAGCCAGUCCCCAUAUGAAUCCAUCGCCAGUGCACCGAGGAAAUUUUCUAUCUAUGGAAUGAGGACUGCUACUGAGGAAGGAACCUAUUUGGGAACACUGGUCUAUGAUCAAGACGGCGCAGCAUUUCAGACCUUUAGGCUGCCUAAUCCAGACAAAGGAGUCUUCCGAUAUGUGAAGCUACAGAUUGACACAAAACUGGGGAAACGCAGACUACACCUGUUUGUACAGCUUCAGGGUUCACGGUAGACAAAUGGAGGUGA